CAAAAAACCAUAAAAAAAAACCAAAAAAAAAAAAAAGAAGAAAACAAAGGCACAUGGGGUCACGUAACGUAACAGCUGGCGUUUGACGCGCCAAGAAUCAAUUAAACUAUGUUGGACGCGUUUUCCUCUCCCCCCAUUUUCAUUUCAUCAACCCCAGAGUCACUGUCUGACAUCAUCGCCGAUACGAACACCCUCUUUGUUAGCCGCCAUCAAACCAACCGACAGUCUCAUGCAUGCCAGUUCCACCGCCCUUCGAUGCAGGGAUGAGUAUAUGCUUGAGACAAUGCCCAGACUCCAGCAGAGCCGCCGCCAACGGCCGGUCGAUGAGGAUGAAGAUGUCGACAUGCAUGAGCCACAAGAUGAUCAAUACGCCUCAGAUGGUGCUGCCGAUGAAAUUAUGAAUGGCCCUCCAAACGAGGAGCUCAGCCAGUUGAUAAAAGGAUUGGUCCGGUAUGCCAUCGCAUGUGAUUUCUCACGGACCCCCAUUCGGAGAGACGCCAUUAGGGAGAAAGUUCUCGGUACAAAUGGCCGGCAGUUCAAAACAGCAUUUGCCGGAGCUCAGAAACAGCUCCGAGCAGUUUUUGGCAUGGAAAUGGUGGAACUUCCAGCUAGGGAUAAGAAUCUCAUGACCACCGAGCAGAAGCGGAAAGCCGCCAAAAGCCAGUCCCAAAAGGAAGCCACAUCGAAUGCCUACAUUCUUACCAACAUCCUGCCAGAGGAGCUUCGAACCCCCGCUCUCACCCGGCCCUCAAAGGUCGUGUCCGCCGAAGGUGAAGCAGCGUACACGGCCCUGUACACCACGAUCAUCUCGCUCAUCACCAUCUCGGGAGGCGAGCUCAGUGAUACCCGCCUCAGGAGGCAUCUGGCCCGGCUCAACGCCGCCGAAUAUAUGCCCAGCAUGAACCCAAACGAUCCUGCUAACCCCACGGAGAAGACCGACGUUGUGCUACAGAGGAUGAUCAAACAUGGGUAUCUGGUCAGGAUGGUGGAUAACAGGGGCAACGGCGACGACGACUCUACUACGUGGCAUGUUGGACCAAGAGGGAAGGCAGAGGUGCCCAAGGAGUCAAUUGCGGGCUUUGUCAGGACCAUCUACGGUGGCUCGGACCCAGAGUUGGAGUCAAAGAUUCAGAUUAGCUUAAAGGGCGUCAAGGAGAGGAAACCGGAGAUACGUGAGCAGGAGCAGGAGCAGGAGCAGGGACUGGGUGAUGAAGAUGAGGUCCAGGAGGAUGAGGAGAUGCAAGAGGCCGGACCGAGUAAUGGGCAGAGAAGGAGGCAUGCGUAACAAGGAAGGGACACGCAUACCAUGGGAUCAAGGUGUUUUGGCGUCUAAAGGGGUAUCAUUGUGGAAUUCGUCCUAUGGGUAUUUGCGAUCGUCUGGGAUUGGCCAGGAGGCCGUACUGUUAUCACCUGCAGCGAUGAUACUGGGAACUGCCAGGGGCGAGCAUCCUCCCAGGUGUUGCAUCAGCCACCAUGAGUGUGUUGGAAAAGAGAUGGGCUACUUUGGCUGGCCUGAUUGAUCACCCCCAACUUGCCCGUUCCUGUGGUGUUUACUCCGUCGUCAUGUCGUGCAAAUGUGCAAAUGUGCAAAUGCGAUAUGAGAG